AUGAGCAAAGUGAACUUCCACAACAACAAAGCCAUGCAGGACCGCCGCUGCGUCUGUGUCUUUCUGCCCAACGACGAUACGCUCAAUGUCAUAGUCAGUGUAAAGACCCUGUGCCAGGAACUGUUGGUCCAGGUGUGUGACCUUCUGAGGCUGAAGGACUGCCACCUAUUUGGACUCAGCGUUAUUCAAAAUAAUGAACACAUUUACAUGGAGCUGGAUCAGAAACUGUCAAAGUACUGCCCCAAAGAAUGGAAGAAAGAAGCCAGCAAGGGAAUCGACCAGUUUGGCCCGCCGAUGAUCAUCCACUUCAGAGCUCAGUAUUAUGUGGAAAACGGACGCUUGAUCAGCGACCGCGCCGCCAGGUACUAUUACUAUUGGCACCUGAGGAAACAGGUGCUACUCUCACAGUGCAUUCAGAGAGAAGAAGCAUACUUCCUACUGGCGGCCUUCGCCCUGCAGGCUGACUUGGGCAACUUCAAACGGAACAAGCACUUUGGCAAAUACUUUGAACCCGAAGCUUACUUUCCCCCCUGGGUGAUAACCAAACGUGGUCGCGACUACAUUCUGAGACAUAUCCCCAACAUGCACAAGGACCAGUUUGCCCUCACAGCCUCUGAGGCGCAUCUCAAGUACAUCAAGGAGUGCGCGCAGCUCGACGAUGUCACCGUCCAUUACUACAGACUCUACAAAGACAAGAAAGAAGUGGAGGCAUCUCUCACUUUAGGACUGACGUUACGUGGGAUUCAAAUAUUCCAGAACAUCGGCUCCGUGAGGCAGCUUUUGUAUGACUUCCCGUGGACCAAUGUGGGGAAGCUCGUUUUCGUGGGAAAGAAGUUUGAGAUCCUCCCAGAUGGGCUGCCUUCAGCUCGGAAGCUCAUCUACUACACCGGGUGCCCCGCACGCUCUCGCCACCUCUUGCAGCUGCUCAGCAACAGCCACCGUCUGUACAUGAAUCUGCAGCCCGUCCUCAAGCAGGUCCGCCGGCUGGAGGAACACGAAGAGAAGAAACAGUACCGUGAGUCUUACAUCAGCGACGCUCUGGAACUGGACAUAGAUCACCUGGACAAGCGUUCACGGGCCAGCGGUAGCAGCGCCGGUAGCAGCUCCCGCCACAAACGCCUGUCCCGCCACUCCACUGCCAGCCACGGCAGCUCGCACACAUCUGGUAUCGAAGCGGACAGCAUCCGCGCGACCCACCCGACCCCCCGUGUGCCCCUUGGGACGUGCGGCUCGUCCACCGCAAGCCACGGCAGCUCGCGCACAUCAGGCGUGGAGAGCGGUGGCAAAGAGCGAAUCUUGGAUGAUGAUGACGAGAUCGAGAUGCUGGUGGACGACCCCAAAGAUUACGAAGAGCUGAGCGAGACGUCCCUGGACCAAGAGCUGUGCAUCCAUAUCACUGAGGACAUGUUGACCAUGUCCCCUGAUCACAACAACGGAUUAUCUGGUCUCAUUGUGAAAGACGUCAGCUCGUCCACAUCAAGCUCCUCGGAGACGGUCGUAAAAAUGAGAGGACAAAGCAUCGAAUCUCUGCCGCAGACGUCGACGUGCCGAAAGACUUCGUCAUCCGGCGACCGCCACAGUCAGUCGCUGGACGACGUCCGCCUGUACCAGAAGGACUGCCUUCAGUGGGCUGAGCUGUGCCAGGACACAGCACACAGCUACACUUUCGGGUGUGCCAAAGAGCUGAGCGAUGGUGGAAGCGGAGCCUAUCAGUGUCUGGCAGACCAGUGCGCCGGGAUCAAGAGAACCAGCAAGUACUUCUCCCUGGACCUCACCGGCGACGACGUGCCUGAGUUUGUAGUGUGA